AUGGUUCGCGGAUCGCUCGGCAAACUUGCGUCGCGCCUCUCCGUCGCCGGGAGAUGGCACCAGCAGCUCCGCCGCCUCAACAUCCACGAGUACCAGGAACGCAAAUUGAUGAUGGGAAGUACGAUAUCAACGUGCCCAAGGGGCGCGGCGGCUGGGUCCUUUCAGGGAGGUCAAGGACGCCUUGAAGAACAUGUUCCCCAGCGAGAAGAGUUGUUAAAAAGUCAAAUCCUUGCUGGUGGCCGUGGGCUGGGAACUUUCAAAAGUGGGCUGCAAGGUGGUGUCCAUAUUGUUAAGGCUGAGGAAGCUGAAUCGAUUGCAAGUAAAAUGUUAGGCCAGAUUCUGGUCUACUUGUGUGAGAAACUAUCUCUUACUAAUGAGAUGUACUUUGCCAUCACCCUUGAUAGGAAAACUGCUGGUCCGCUCAUUAUUGCUUGCAGCAAGGGAGGAACCAGUAUUGAAGAUCUUGCGGAGAAGUAUCCUGAUAUGAUUAUUAAGGUUCCUAUUGAUGUAUUUAAAGGAAUCACAGAUGAGGAUGCAGCUAAAGUUGUUGAUGGUCUAGCCCUGAAGGCAGCGGAUAGGCAGUCUUCUAUAGAACAGAUUAAGAAGCUGUAUGAACUUUUCUGCAAGUGUGAUUGCACAUUGCUGGAGAUAAAUCCUCUGGCGGAGACUGCUGACAACAAGCUUGUUGCUGCUGAUGCAAAGUUGAACUUUGAUGAUAAUGCUGCAUUUAGACAGAAAGAAAUAUUUGCACUGCGUGAUACCACUCAGGAAGACCCCAGGGAGGUCGCUGCUGCCAAAGCAGAUUUGAACUAUAUUGGUCUUGAUGGAGAGAUUGGUUGCAUGGUUUUUCCUGUACAGAACAUUAUUGUUAAUUUUCCCACCCGUUGUCAGGUUGACCUGAAGGUUCCUGUUGUUGUUCGGUUGGAAGGCACCAAUGUAGACCAAGGAAAGAGGAUUCUUAAGGAAAGUGGAAUGACUUUGAUCACUGCAGAAGAUCUUGAUGAUGCGGCAGAGAAAGCUGUAAAAGCAUCCAUCAAAUAA